UGAGUUUCGCUAGGGGAAAAAAAAAACAAGUUGUCAGUGAUUUGUCAAGAACCAGAUGAUGCUGUAGAUGAAUUUUGAAGAAGAGAAGAGUUACGGACCAUCGAGAGGAGGAUGGACCCUUGGGCACCUUUGCCCCUGAUCUCUGCCUUUUGCUUCAUUGGCAUGGUGAUGAGUCAGACCACACCCACUCCCGCUGCCACUACUCUGUUGCCAACUUCCGCUCCAGUCAGCAGCACCACCCCCAGUUGCUCUGCAUUCAACAUUUCCAACUGUGAGCCCUGCGCUCCCGGAUCGCAGUACGACAACGGCACCCUCCUGUGUGCAUGCUGCUCUGAGCCUGGGCUGUGUCUAUUUCCUGGAGCAUGUCAACCAUGCACUGUGGGCUUUUACCAGCCGCUGGCUGGACAACAGAAGUGCCUGCCAUGUAGUCGAGGCUUCUACACAAAUUUUACCGGGAGUCCACUGUGUGUACCGUGUCCCGCUGGAACCUUCAACAACAACACGGGUGCAGACGGUUGUGCAAGUUGCUCCCCAGGUUUCUUCUCCUCACUGCACAGUUCCACAUCGUGUGCACCAUGUUCAAGAGGGAGUUUUUGCAACUCCUCCGGUUGCUCCCAAUGCCAGACGUGUCCCGGUGGGUCAGAGGCAUUGCAGUCUGCAGCCACAGAUUGCACUCCAUGUCGGCCAGGGAUGCAUAAGGCUCCUCAUCAGACAAUGUGUCAGAUCUGCAGCAGUGGCUCCUUCCAAAUCCACUGGGGCCAAGAGAACUGUGAUGUCUGCCCAGAAGACCAUUACUGUCCAAGUCCAGACGUGAACCCCAUCCAUUGUCCGAGCGAUGCCUUCUGUCCACAAGGCAGCUCAGCUCCAGGGUACUGCAUGGAAACUUUCUUUCGCAAAUCGGGGGACGGAUGUGAACUGGCACCAGUCACCAUUGCUUUACUAGUAAUCGGAGGAGGUGUGGCUCUACUCUUCAUAAUUAUAAUGGUUCUACGCAAAAUGAGAGACACAGAUGGGGAGCUGAGUGCGUCCCGUGCGCCACUAUUACGCAAAGAGAGGCCUCAAGGUCGCUAUUAUGGAAUUCCCUGUGAUGCAGAGCCUGUGUAUGCUGGCUGGUGAACCAAAGGAGAGCCCAAAAGUGGACAUACUGUACAUUGAGUGCAUUCCUGAAGCAUGUGUUGCCUCUUUUGUGAGGCAUUCUAGUUUGAUAGGUUCACUGAUGUCAAACACUGUCCCUUUUGUAAGUGAGCUUAUUGGAUUAGGAGUGUCAUGCUGCAAAAGCAGAUGAAUGCCAGGACUUGGUGUGAGCCUUUCCUUUCUCAUGAAAAGCACUUCUUACUGGAAUAAUUGCUUUCCCUUGCACUCGUGUGUUUGUUUCUAGACUUGUAGGUGCAACCAGCAGUUAGAUGCUCAACGACAGCAUAUGGAUCAUGAUGACCAUUUUUUUAUGCUUCUCAGUGUAAUUCUUUAUUUUGUCUAAGUUUUUUUUAUGUUUCUAUGUUAAAAAAAAUAAAAGGUUUUCAUCUUAA